ACUAAGGAGCUGGAAUAAGACUGAGUCCUGCUCUGUGAUAUUUAUAUACCUGGACCAUGAACUUGCUGUUUGGCUUCAUGCUUUAGGAACCUUUGUAGUAACUGCAUGAAGCUGUUGGGAAUCAUGGCAUUCUCUCCAUGGAAGCUGUCCUCUCAGAAACUCGGCUUUUUUCUGGUGACUUUUGGUUUCAUUUGGGGAAUGAUGCUUCUGCAUUUUACUAUUCAGCAGCAAACACAACACGAAAGCAGUUCACUCCUGCGUGAGCAAAUUUUGGAUCUCAGCAAAAGAUACAUCAAAGCAUUAGCCGAAGAAAAUAAAAAUGUGGUUGAUGGGCCUUAUGUUGGGACAGUGACAGCGUACGAUUUGAAGAAGACACUUGCUGUCUUGUUGGAUAAUAUCUUGCAGCGCAUUGGGAAGCUAGAGUCCAAGGUAGAAAAUCUUGUACUUAAUGGAACAGGAGCAAAUUCUACCAACAAUACUACCACUCCUGCUCCCAGCUUAGGAGCAGUCGAAAAGCUUAAUGUAGCAGAUCUCAUAAAUGGAGCCCAAGAACAGUGUGAAUUGCCUCCUAUGGAUGGUUUUCCUCACUGUGAAGGGAAAAUAAAGUGGAUGAAAGAUAUGUGGCGAUCAGAUCCCUGUUAUGCAAGUUAUGGUGUAGAUGGGUCCACAUGCUCCUUUUUUAUUUACCUCAGUGAGGUUGAAAAUUGGUGUCCUCGUUUACCUUGGAGAGCAAAAAAUCCUAAUGAAGAAACUGAUCAAAAAACAGUGGCUGAAAUUCGUAUCAACUUUGAUAAUCUCUACAAAAUGAUGUCAAGACACGAGGAAUUCAGGUGGAUGAUGUUACGCAUCAGACGAAUGGCUGAUACCUGGAUCGAAGCAAUUAAAUCACUUGCAGAAAAACAAAAUUUGGAGAAGAGAAAACGAAAAAAGAUUCUUGUUCAUCUGGGGCUUUUGACAAAAGAAUCUGGAUUCAAGAUUGCAGAAAAUGCAUUUAGCGGUGGCCCACUAGGUGAAUUAGUCCAGUGGAGUGAUUUAAUUACAUCUCUCUACUUACUGGGCCAUGACAUCAGGAUUUCAGCUUCACUGGCAGAGCUCAAGGAGAUUAUGAAGAAGGUUGUAGGUAACAGAUCUGGCUGCCCUACCCAGGGGGAUAAAGUUGUAGAACUCAUUUACAUUGAUAUUGUGGGACUCACUCAGUUUAAGAAAACCCUUGGUCCGUCAUGGGUACAUUACCAGUGUAUGCUAAGAGUUCUGGAUUCCUUUGGAACUGAACCAGAGUUUAACCAUGCCCAUUAUGCACAGUCUAAAGGCCACAAGACACCAUGGGGAAAGUGGAACCUUAAUCCACAGCAGUUUUACACAAUGUUCCCUCACACUCCGGAUAACAGCUUCCUUGGAUUUGUGGUAGAGCAGCAUCUGAACUCCAGUGACAUUAAACACAUUAAUGACAUCAAAAGGCAGAAUCAAUCUCUCGUUUAUGGCAAAGUAGAUAAUUUCUGGAAGGAUAAGAAGGCUUAUCUGGACAUCAUCCACACCUAUAUGGAAGUCCACGGAACUGUUCAUGGGACAAGCACUAUUUAUAUUCCCGGCUACGUGAAAAACCAUGGUAUACUCAGUGGGCGGGAUUUGCAGUUUCUGCUGAGAGAAACCAAACUCUUCGUUGGUCUUGGAUUUCCAUAUGAGGGGCCGGCUCCUUUAGAGGCUAUCGCUAAUGGAUGUGCUUUUCUAAAUUUAAGAUUUAAUCCACCAAAAAGUAGCAAAAACACAGAAUUUUUCAAAGGCAAGCCUACGCUCCGAGAGUUGACAUCUCAGCAUCCCUAUGCUGAAGUUUACAUUGGGAAGCCCCAUGUCUGGACUGUAGACAUCAACGAUGUUUCUGAAGUCGAGAAGGCUGUGAAAUCAAUUUUGAAUCAAAAGAUUGACCCUUAUUUGCCCUAUGAAUUUACAUGUGAAGGAAUGCUUCAGAGGGUGAAUGCGUUUAUUGAAAGACAGGAUUUCUGUCACGGGCAGGUGAUGUGGCCCCCAUUAAGUGCCCUUCAAGUAAAAAUUGCUGAACCUGGAAAAUCCUGUAAACAAGUUUGUCAGGAAAGCCAGCUCAUCUGUGAGCCUUCCUUCUUCCAGCAUCUUAACAAGGACAAAGCUCUGCUUAAGCAUAAUAUCGAAUGUCUCACCAUGGAGUCUGCAAAUGAUAUUCUGGUCCCCUCUUUUGAUGGAAGGAGGAAGCACUGUGUUUUCCAAGGUGACCUCUUAUUGUUCAGCUGUGCCGGAUCCCACCCCACCCACAGAAGAAUCUGCCCCUGCAGAGACUAUAUUAAGGGGCAGGUUGCGCUUUGUAAAGACUGCCUAUAGCAGCAGCAGCAGCAGAGCUUCUUUUGAGUUGAGGACAAAAUGUAAGUAGUUUUGAGAGGAGCUACUUACUACUUCCUGCACUUUUGUCCAGGUUUUUCGCUGCAGGCAGAGCUAUCAUUGCUGGGCAGAAUUAUCUACUAAGAGAGGAGGGAUUCAUAAUAAACAGCUAACUGAUCUUUUUUUCCUAUAAGAACAUUUGCAGUGUAACUUCAGAUUCCUUCAUCUGUUUGCGAAGAGAAAUGGGUUUCAUGUUCUACAGUGAUUUGAAGAUGACUGCACAGAAUAGUUUGUAGAAAAUCCCCAGACCCAUCAAACGUCUUUUUUUUUUUUUGUCGUUUGGGUAAAGUGUUUUCUAUUUUUUUAACGAGUUGGGACAUCCCCCAUCAUGGUUAGCUAAAGGAUCUCAACUUCAUUCCAGUAGAAAAUUGAAAAAAGUGUGCUUGAGGGAGGGGGGUGCAGGGGAGGGAGGACUAACAUUUUGUUCUAGGUGCACUGUUUUGGGUACCACUUUAGCUCGAACGGCUAUAAAGUGGUUUACUUCACAAGAACUCGGAAUCACAAGAUAGCUCUGUACCCUGUUAUGGGGUUAUCUGGGCCCAGUUCUUUCUUCCUUUUCUUUUUUUUUUUUUUUUAAAUCUUUGUACGCAACAAAGUAUUGUCUGCAUCGCAGCCGCUGCGUCGGAGCAGUCUAAACAGAGAGUAUCAUGAAUGAGCAAAUAGGCAGUUGCCAGCGUGUGACACAUCAUCUCGGUGACUCGACAACUGACUAGGGUUGUGGCAUCCUUCGGUGUGGAAAAGCUACAAAAACAUCCUGCCGUUUUCGGAAUGGACUUGUCGCAGUUUACUGGUCCCAUUUAGAGAGUAAUCCUUGGAAUUUGCCCAUGCUUCUGUUGUAGUCUGUCUACUAGAAAUACUGUGUGAAGCAAAAAGUAUUCAGCAUCAUUGGAGCAAUAUUAUCGUUAGAGCCUCAGUUUGCUACGGCUUCCAGUAGUUAAAGUGUUGCUGAAUGACAUAGAAAGGUUAAACUAAGCUAACUAUAAUUAUUGUGUGGUAGAAAUGUAAAAUGUCUUCAUAACUAGCUAGGUUUUUAAAGAGAAAUUUUUUGUGAAGAACAAGAAAGAGGAGACAAACAACUGCUAAGAAAAGCAUUGAUCAAUCUUGUGGGUUCUUUGAUUGUUUUUCUGGUUGGGGGGGGUGUUUGUUUGGGGUUUGUUUUUUUCUUUUUUAAGCAGGCACACCAGUUACAGAUUUCAAAAAACCAAGAGUUUGGAAUUCAAAUCAAACUUCAUUUUUUUAGAGCAGCAAGUUGAAUCUUCUAACCCGCCUUCUUUUUAUAGAGGUAAUUUUUGUCAUUUUCAGCGGAAGGUGGCAUGCUUGACAGCACCACUUGUAGUCAGGAAGUGAUAUGCUAAGAUCAGUGAGAAACAAACCUGCGGUAUAUUUUGAAAGCAGUCGUAGUCUGCAGGUUUACAAUUUGGACGUGCUCUGAUCAUACGGGAAAAAAACUCAGAUCAACAUGAAUGUUUUUUUCAUAAAGAUUAACAAAUGUUACCAGGUAAUAGUGAAAAGCAUAGGUAUUUUAAAUUUUCAUUCUUGGAUAUAUCCAGUUGGUUCAGAUUUUUCUUGUAACCGGCGUUCAUUAUCUGUGUGUGAAUAUUGGUGUAUCUCUUGACCUACCAAAGACCAAGCAAGGGAAAUCCUACUUAAUCUUGGAUAAAUCCUCAAGACAAGAGAACAGAACAGUAUACAUUUAAAGUUUCAAUUUCGAAGCAGUGAAUUAGCUUUCUCAAGGUUUUUGUUUCCUGCCUCAGCACUCCUGAUGGUGUUACCUUGUAACGCUCCCUACCACUGCUGUGGACUACAUGGGAACUUAAUCCCGAGAGACUGUCGACUAUCCAAAAAGGGUAUGUGGGAGCUGUUGAACAGCAGGGCCACCAGUAACUGGGUAGGGAUGAUGAUAAAAUCGGCUGUAUUUUAGAGUAAUUUUCCAGAAACAGGACAGCUGGGUUCUAUAAUGGGAGGCAAACUUUCCUUAUGAAAAGAAAACAAACACAAACUAGUAUGAAAAUCCUUACAGUUACCAUAGCUCAGCAUUUGCUUCAGUCAGCACAAACGUAGGUUGCAAUAGUUUUAAUACCCCAGAAAAGCCGGGGGAGGAGGGUCGGGAAUGGGCCUGAGCAGGCGCAACAAUUCAUUUUGUAUUUAUAUAAAAUACUCCCUGCAUACCUGGGCAUAUUCGUGCAACUGGAAAAUCCUGCGUAUUAAAAUAUAUACACUUAUACCUGGUGCUGAAAGUAAAGGCAGCAGCAGAAUUUGCCUUUACCCCUUCAGCCUGAGGUUCUUCAGGCAGGAAUUUAGUUUGGAAUGAGAUAUCACAGAAUUACGUCAGAAACAAAGAUUUGUAUUGUGUGCACUUAAAGAAUGCAAAACACGUAGUUUCUGCUGUAGUGUAAUUCUUUGCUGUAAAUACAUACUUGCUUGUUUCCCCCCCACUGUAUAGUCCACAUGGCAUACUGCCUUUGGUUUUGCCUCCAAACCUUUAAGGAUGGGAGGGGUUUGGUAUUUGUUAUUAUAAGAUUUUCUGGUCUAGUGCUUUGCUCAAUGCUAAGUUUGCCUUUACCACAGCAGGGAGAGCCUGUUAUAAGCUCGUUUUUUUUCAUGCUGUAGCAGUGUUUCUUUCUAGUCUACUGAACUGAGUUACUGCAUACUGGCAAAAAUGAACCGGCAAACACCCGUGCCACUUGCGUUUCAGCCAGGGGCAGAACUUCUAAUUUGGCUUCAGAAUUGGUGGGGUGUGAUCCCAUUUCCACUGAAAUCUAUAAAGAAGACUCAUAAAUCUUAAAGAAAAAAGAAUCCACCUAUAAUUCGAUAGGCCUCUAUCAUUAAUUUUAAGCUCUCUUCUCAGAAGAAACCUUACUUUUAUGAAAUACAGCUUCAGUCUAAAUUUCUGUAAAAGGAGACUAUCAUACGGGAACUGUAAGUGCAUAAACUUUGUAAAGGUUGCUCACUAAACCCGAUACAGCACUCCCCCAUCACACAGCAGUGUUCGUUCGUGCAUCGAUAAAUAAGUGAAUCCUUCCGCAGGUGAUCGCUCAGGCAAAUCCAUGUGGGACUAUCUAAAAGUUUGAACGGUUUACUGAAACGUAUACUAUAUAUCCACCUUCCAGGACAGAGGGCAGCCUUCUGCCCAGGUUCCACGACUAUUUUCCUUCCUAAUUAAAGACUAAAGGUGUAGUCCAAUUAUUGCACUUAAACAAGGAUAUUAGAGAUGGGACUGUGCUACUGUUUCUCAGUCUGGCAGUAAAGCUUGCAGCUUCCUUUACUCAGAAAUCAGGUUUUUGCAUGACUUGCAUUUGAAUAUAUUGAUUCGCGAUGGAUGGGAAAAAAUGUCAAAAGUUGAAUAUAAAAACAUUUUACAAGCUUUUAAACAUAUCUCUCAUAUCAAGACAUUCUUUGGUUUAAAAUUUUGUAUUUUUGUAUGUGACCUAGUUUUUUUUCAAAAAUCUUGUUCCUACGAGAUUAGAAAACUUGAGAGAAGCAUUUACGUAUUUAUUAAAAUUAACAUAAAAGGCUUGCCUUUGAAAGGUAAAGUUGGUAAAUACACACUGUUUAAAAAUGCCAAUAAAAACCUCAUUUAUUUCAUAUAUGCAAGUUGAUUUGCACAUGUAUAAAUAGAGUUGCUUUUUGCAUUUUUUGCUUAGUUUCUAUGUUUCUUUUUGUAAUUUAUAGUUGCAGCUGUGUGUUUGCUUGUUUAUAUCAGAUUAUGUUUCUCCUACAAAUAUUUAAUGUU